UAGUUUUAAAUGACCUUAUUGUUUUUCGAAGUAUUCUCCACGAAGCACUUAAUCCACUCGUUUGCUGGCAGAUCCAAAACGGCAUUUUUGAAUUCGUCAACUGCUUCUUCUGGUGACUGGAACCAUUGACCACGCAGUCUGUUUUUAAUUUUCGGGAAAGUAAAGAAAUCGUUAGGACUUAGAUCGGGACUAUAUGGAGGAUGGUCCAAUAAUUCCACGUUUU